UGAUCAGAGGCAAAAUGGAGCAGCAUUUUACUGAUGGAGAUUGUUAUGAGAAAAUAUUUAGCUCUCGGGUUUAUUUGGAAACGUAUUAUGCUUCUCCACUUGGUAAUCAGGUGGAACAUAAUUUUUUGCUUUUCGUUUUGAAGAAUUUGGUACAAGCCUUUUCCAGGGGUCCAAGAUUCCGCACACUUCUUGAAAUUGGGUGUGGUCCCUGUCUUCACUGCGCUCUCUGUGCCACGGAGCAUGUGGAGGAAAUGGUUUUGUCUGAUUAUGCUUCCAACAAUCGUCAAGAGAUUGAGCAGUGGUUACAAAAUGAUCCAAAAGCUUUUGACUGGAGCCCAGUUGCAAAAUUUGUGUGUGAACUGGAAGGCAACAGAGAAAAAUGGCAAGAGAAAGAGAAGAAGCUGAGAGAUUCCAUUAAGCAAGUUUUGAAGUGUGACGUUCAUCAAAAUAACCCUCUGCAUCCAGUGGAAUUAGAACCUGUUGACUGUCUGAUUACUUCUUUGUGUCUGGAAGUUGCCUGUAAAGAUAAAGCAGCUUACUGCACCGCUGUUAGAAAUGUAACCUCUCUGUUAAAACCUGGUGGGAUGCUCAUUAUGAUCACUCUUUUGAAUGAGACCUUUUAUACAGUGGACAAACACAAGUUCUCAUGUCUGAAAUUUGAUCAGGCCUUUUUGGAAAAAACUUUGAAGGAGACAGGUUAUGAAAUUGAACAACUUGAAAUUUUUAUUAUUCCUAAAACCAUAAAUACUAUAUCAGACAGUGAGGCUGCAAUCUUCUUGAUUGCUCGCAAGAAAGAGUGUUUUGUACUGAAUCAGUAAUGCAACUGCUAUGGAUUUAUUCUGUUGAACUCUGACUUAAAGUGCAGCAAUUAAAGCAUAUUAUAAAGCAACUCAAAAUACUUGUUUAUUCAUGAGAUUAUUUAUCUCAGGUUCUUUAUUCACUCUUAAGAAACACUCCGUGCCCAAUUUUCUGAGGGUUGGUGAUUUUAUGUAGGUCGCCAUUCCAAUCCUUUCAAUAAAAGAAAGAUGCUCCACAUUUCGGAUUGGAGAUUGUGUUUAAGGCUCCGUCAGAAAUGCAGACCUGUGCUUCCAUUCAGACUGCCCUUGUAGCACAGGAUUGUCAAAGGAAGGUAAAUUAUGCUCCCUUUUCACGCAUCAAGCAGCUGUAUUCAGAAGAUGUGUGUGUAUGAUUAUAGUGCCAUUCCAUGUUCCAUUGAUUACAUGCAACAUUGACAUCUUUGAUGAAAGCCUGUUGAACUUUGCUAAUGUACUUGUUUCUACUAUCUGCCCUUUCAUUCAAGGUGCUUAUCAUUUUUUGUGUAAACAAUCUUAUUCAUUUACUUUCAACUUUUCCUCUGUCAUCUUAAGGCUGUGCCCUUACUAUUUGGCAUUUCCGCCCUUUGGGGGAAUAAAACACCAAAUAUCCAUUCUGAUCCUAUGUCUCUAAUAAUUUAAUGUACGUUUUAUGUAUAUCUAUCAGUUCAUCCCUCAACCUCCAUCACUCACAAAAACAAUCCAAGUUUGUCCAUCCUCUCCUUUUAUAAUGAAUAUAC